AAGGAUCACCAAACGCCCCAGGUGCUGAGGUUUUUCUCUUGAAGCGCGGACUUCAAGUAAGAAAAUCCUCCCCUGCGGAAGCCCGAUCUUCAUCUGCCCAUCGAUCUACGACUCUCGGCAUACAUUUGUGCCACACAGACCAGUUUAUGUCAUCUUCACUCUGGCGACUGCAUUGCGUUGAAUUGUGUGUGGCCUGGUAUAGCAUAAAGUCUAAUGCGUGGAGUUCUGAUGCAAACCUGUGGCAGAACCAGCCGUACCGUACCUCCGGAAGAGUGGUCUUUGAUAAUGCUCAGAUAUGCCGGGUCUGGACAAUUGAUAGAAAAUUGCUUGCGUCUCAUGCUCGUAUGCAGUCGGAAACAAUGGCGACCCUGUAUGGCGUUCGUUUGACAAAGCUUCCUGAUCUUCGUAAGCCAGUGUUAUAAAUCACACGCGUAGUUUUGCAUCCGGUGUCUGACAUGGGUCUGGAAGAUCAGAGGAGUGGUAAUGAGUUACCGUUGGAUAGAGCUGUCGGAGAUGGAUCGGUCACUCUACGAGGAACACCAUCGGACAAGACGAAGACGGGGACAUGGAGAGCGGCUGCGUUCGUUUACGUGCUGGCCUUCGGGAACUCUGUCGUCCUGAUGGUGAUUACCGGAAACCUCAUGGAAUACACUGUCAACACCCUGCACUUGGACUUUGCCACUGCUGCCAACAUGACCUCCAACCUCACCGGAACAUCACUGCUGCUUCCAAUUUUCUUUGGGUUCCUCGCAGAUGCCUUCUUCGGUCCAUUUUGGGUCAUCAUAGGAGCAUGUGUUGUCUACGCUGCGGGCUUGGUAACUCUGGUUCUGUCGGUAUCGCUUCCAGAGUUGGUGCCUCCUCGAUGCGAUGCGGUGGUUUGCAAACCUGCCAGCCAACACAUCCAGAGUGUGUUCAUGGCAGGGCUAUUCAUCACAUGCAUGGGGACAGCUGGGGUCAAGCCCAACGUCCUGUCCUUAGGCCAGCAGCAGUUCGACGACACUGAUCCCGUCGAGAAGGAGAAAGGAACUCUCUUCUUCUCGAUCUACUACGCCGUUUACAAUUUCGGUCUCUUUGUGGCCUCCACGCUCUUCUUCUGGAUCCAGACCGAUGUCGGUUUCAAGCAAGGAUAUGGUAUCAUGGCCGGCUUUUUCUUCUUCAGCGCCAUCGUCUUUUGCUCGGGCAUUCCUUUUCUCAGACAUCAGCGGCCAGGCGGCAGCCCAUUGACAGCUUUGGCUCAGGUGGUCGUUGCGGCCAUAAGGAAUCGUCGUUUGCCACUGCCAGCAGAUGCUUCCCAGUUGUACGAAACCAGUACAACGGAUCGAGUUCGAAAAAUAGCUCACACCAACAGAUUGAGGUUUUUGGAUAAGGCGGCAAUCGUCCGUCGUGAUGCUUCCGGAUUGCCUACUGUAGAGCAUAAGCAGCAGCUGGAAGACAAAUGGUAUGGCUGGAAGCUGAGUACGGUGACGCACGUGGAAGUGUUGAAAACAGUGAUUCAGCUAUUCCCAAUCUGGGUAUGCUGUAGUUUCCUGUACCUGAUGGCGGCCCAGGAAUUCACAUUCAACGUGCAGCAGGCAUCCGGAAUGGAUAGAAGACUGGGGACAGGGUUCAAAAUCCCUCCGGCAACGAUCACAUGUGCAAGCAUGAUCGGAGCUCUGGCCUUCAUCUUCAUCUAUGAGACCUUCCUGGUGAAGUUUUUUAAGAAAUACACGGGUCAUCCACGAGGUCUAUCGCCUUUUGUAAGAAUCGGCAUGGCUCUGUUCCUGGCGACCUUAGUCAUGGUGGUGUCAGCCCUGGUCGAGAUCAGGAGGGUGCACACGAUAAAAGCUCACGAGCUGACGGCCCUCGAUGUGAAGCAAGGCCGAAUUCCCAUGAGCGCUUACUGGCUCCUCCCUCAGCUGCUCAUUAGCGGCAUCUGCAACCCGCUGCUGGGAACUGCGCAGCUGGAGCUUUUCUACCAGGAAGGCCCUGAGAACAUGGUGAGCCUGGCCAUGGCCCUGACAUUCGGGGGUCAGGCACUGGGCAGGUUCAUCUCCACUGGCACAGUGAACUCUGUCAAGAAGUACACCGGCAAUGGACCCGGCCAGAGCUGGCUCACGAGCGAAUUCAAUACUGGAGGCCUGACCAAGUUCUACUGGCUCAUCGCUAUCAUGGAAGCCAUCAAUUUCCUCGUUUAUCUUCUGGCUGCACACUUCUACUCCUACAAGCAGUUGGCUGUCAAGGAUCAACCCUUGUCUCCUCUGAAACCCCUCUUAGAACCCCCCGCAGCUCCCGCCUCCUCCGACACGAAAGUCAUACCGCCCGUCCUCGUCCAGGAUUCCCUCGGGAGCGUACGUACGUAGGAGGAUAUAUUGAUAUGUACUGUACGUCUAUAUUAUACGCAUCAUGCUCUCACGUGAAGACGAACAAAUUCGGAAUGCGGAAUUAGACGUACGGGAUCUCGUAGCCUACCCGAUUCGAUGUAUGUAUAGAGAGAUUCCGUACUCAUGAGAGCCAGAAGUACGCACUAUUUAGUACUAUACGGGUUGUAGAAUAUGUGUACAGGUUUGGUCAGUUUUGAGUACGAACAGAAAUUCAUUCUCUGAAUGCCUACGUUCCUCAAAGCUUUUCUACAUUAGCUCACGGUGGAUGAGACAGUUUAUUCGCACUUGUCCACAUCUACGAUCUUACAAGCCUUUCUUUUUUUGGUACAUUUCAGUCAAAACAAUUGUGACUCGACACACUAGUAUACUGUACAGUUGCAAUACUCGAUAAACUGGUGAAUAUAUUCUAUCUAAUUAUCAAUCUAC